CCGAUUCAUACUCUAGGGUUUAAGUAAGUGGAAUGAAUAGCGACCCAGACCUCUACUUAUUGAAGAGGCGCCCAAAUAACUGUGAUUCUUCGCCGGUCGCCACUCGCAAGACGCAAGUCACAAUGCCUAAGCAGAUCCACGAGAUAAAGGAUUUCCUUCUGACGGCGCGGAGGAAGGAUGCGAGGUCGGUGAAAAUCAAGAGGAGCAGGGAUGUGGUUAAGUUCAAGGUUCGAUGCUCCAAGUAUUUGUACACGCUUUGCGUCUUUGACCCUGAGAAAGCCGAUAAAUUGAAGCAAUCUCUUCCUCCUGGUUUGAGUGUUCAAGACCUGUAAAGGUGCUCACGCAGCAGCAUUAAUCUCCCUUUUUGUUUCUUCAUGUUAUGGAUUUCUAGCUUCGUUUUAUGUUCUGGUAAUUGUUGCGAGUACUUGGUUGCUUUAAUUUUGCUGUGAAAUGUGGAAUUUUGGUAUUUUCAGUUCAAUUCAAUUCAAUUACCCGUAAAUUAAA